UGCUUAUGUGCACCGGGGACUAAAGGGGUGAUUUGGGUCUUUUCUUCCCCCAGAUCACUACAGGCCAGCUCCUGCACCACUGAGCCAAACUGGAUUUCAAGCUGUGAUCCCUCAGUGAGUCCCACGCGGGCACGUGCCCCUCGGCCACCAUGACCAGUGAGGUGGUGGAGAAUGAGCUGGAGUUCUACUCCAAGGCCAAGAAGUACUGGAAGGCCGUGCCGGCCACGGUGGAUGGCAUGCUGGGGGGCUACGGCCACAUCUCCAGCAUCGACAUCAACAGCUCCAGGAAGUUCCUGCAGCGGUUUCUGCGGGAUGGCCCCAACCGGACAGGGACAACCCGUGCUCUGGACUGCGGGGCAGGGAUCGGCCGGAUCACCAAACGGUUGCUGCUGCCCCUCUUCAAGACAGUGGACAUGGUGGAUGUGACAGAGGACUUCCUCACCAAGGCCAAGAGCUACCUGGGAGAGGAGGGCAGGCGGGUGCGCAACUACUUCUGCUGCGGCCUCCAGGACUUCAGCCCCGAGCCAAACAGCUACGAUGUCAUCUGGAUCCAGUGGGUCAUUGGCCAUCUCACCGACAGCCACCUCUCCGACUUCCUGAAGCGGUGCCGUGCCGGCCUGCGGCCCAACGGCAUCGUGGUCAUCAAGGACAACAUGGCUCAGGAGGGAGUCAUCAUGGACGAUGUGGACAGCAGCGUGUGCCGGGACCUGGAUGUGGUCAGGAAGAUCAUCCGCCGAGCUGGGCUGCACCUCCUGGCCGAGGAGCGCCAGGAGAACUUCCCUGAUGAGAUCUACCACGUCUACACCUUCGCCAUGAGAUGAGGGCAGCGGGAGGAGGUCUCUCCAGGGCCAGCACAGUGCGGUUCCUGCCAGGGCCAGGAGGGGUGAGGACCGUGCCUUCACCGCAGGGCGGCGAAUGGCUGCGAGGGUGCCGUGACUCCCUCUCUGUGGGGCUGGUGGCGAGGACGGGGCUUUGUCUUCCACGUUGCUGCUGUUUGUGAAGAGGUGUUUGCCAAAUACACUUCCCUGCUGUUGCA